UCUGUUGGUGUUUCUGUUGUACGCCUAGUAGCAGAAGUACCAGUAUAGAAAGAAACAGAAAUUUACUCAGUGAAGAUGAAUGAAGAUGAAAGAUUUUUGACGUCGCGUGUAUCUUAUUAUUUUCAAUCUUUUGGAGGUAGACGCAAAGCCAAAGGGUAUUAAGUAUUGUCGACAUCCUCCACCAGAGGCAAAAAUAUGUAGAAAUAUUGAAAUAGGAGUUAUUGCAAGAGCUGGUGUAAGAAGUCUAUCACUAAUAUCAUAUUUCUUGGUGUUGUCCUGCUUGUUCUGAUAGAUACUCCUUUAUUAUCCCGCCUCGUCGACAUAAUCCUUCUAGAACAAGUGCUCACACUGCUAGCCGCCCUAACAACUAUGACCGUCCAGCCGCCGAUAGCGCCCCCUGCGGGCGUACCCGACCCUUGGGCUGGCGUUCCGGCUGAUCAUGGACAGAGCAAGAUUCUCCCCAAUCCGCCCAAUGCGAGUCAUCCUUCCGGCCACCCCGAAUGGGUCGGCUCCGUCCCAAGCAAAUGGACUGAUCGAGCCAGUGGAAACCUCUGCUCAAGAAACAUCGUCUAUACAGCAGCGAGAAGUGGCGACAAGGAUUCGCUUGCGAGGAUGUGUACCAAUCUUAGAAUACUUGUUAGUUACCCUCGAUCCAUCCAUUAUAAUUUCAUUUAAAAAUACAAUGAUCUUGCUUGUCAUCUGAAGUUUUUAGAUCUACUUCUCGAAGAUGUACUAGUACAACUUACUAGCUAUGAGCGUCCGAUAACAUCCCUCCCACUAGGAUCCCCCUCCUCCCGAAAAUAAGAAACUAAGCACGGCCUGCCUGCGUGGGUUUUGCUCGUCUUGUUUCUCUUCUUUCUUCAUCUCAUGGCCGAAAAUUUUCCACGGCUUUUCGUCGUCUUGGGAUUGAAUUCACUGGGUUUGAAGUGCUAAAGUCCCAAAGUUUUUGACUCUAGGCACUUUCUGCGAAAGUCAAUAUCUUGGACUCUAAUUUUUCAAAUUUCGAAAAUUUUCCGCGUUUUUUCGUCGUUUUGGGGUUGAAUUUCGUAAGUUUGAAGUGCUAAAAUCGCAAAAUUUUCGAUUUUGCGCACUUUCGCUGAGGUUUAAUCUCUUGGAGUCGAAUUUUUCAAAUUUCGAAAAUUUUCCACGUUUUUGCGUUGUUUUGGAAUUGAAUCCGGUGAGUUUGAAGUGCCUGCUUCUGCUAAAGUCCCAAAGUUCUCGACUUUAAGAACUUUCUGCGAAAUUCAGUCCUUUGGCCUCGAAUUUUUCAAAUUUAGAAAAUUUUCCACGUUUUUCCGUCGUUUUGGGAUUGAAUUCCGUGAGUGUGAAGCGUUAAAGCCCCGAACUUUUUGACUUUGAGCACUUUCGUCGAGUUUUAACCUCUUGGGCUCGCAUCUUUCAAAUUUCCAAAAUUUUUUACGUUUUUUCGUCGUUUUGGGAUUGAAUUCUGUGAGUUUGAAGUGCUAAAGUCCCAAAGUUUUUGACUUUAAGCACUUUCGCUGGCAUUCAAUUUCCUGGAUGCGGGUGCUUCAAAUUCCGAAAAUUUUGCGCGUUUUUUUUUCGUCGUUUUGGGAUUCAAUUCCGUGAGUUUGAAGUGCUAAAAUCUCAAGGCUUUUGAUUUUGAGCACUUUCCCUGAAGUUCAAUUAAUUUCUUGGCCUCGAGUUUUUCUUAAGUUCGUUGGCAUUCAAUUUCUUGGAUGCGGGUUUUUCAAAUUCCGAAAAUUUUGCGCGUCUUUUCGUCGUUUUGGGAUUCAAUUCUGUGAGUUUGAAGUGCUAAAAUCCCAAAGCUUUCGACUUUAAGCCCUUUCGCUGAAGUUCAAUUUCUUGGCCUCGACUUUUUCUUAAGUUCGUGGCUCGUCGUUUUGGGAUUCAAUUCCGUGAGUUUGAAGUGCUAAAGCCGCAAAGUUUUUGACUUUAAGCACUUUGUUUCUCUGAAGUUCAAUUUCUUGGCCUCGAGUUUUUCUUAAGUUCGUGGCUUCCUGGUUUCUUGGGUUUCCUGGGUUCAGUCAUGGGUUCAUGGGUUUGGGGUUUGCUGGUUUUUGUGUCGGAGGUUGUGGGUUUAGGUGUUGGAGGUUGAGGCUUCGGAGGGGAAGUGUUUGCUGAAUUUUAUUGCUCUUAAUAUUUUGGUACGACAAACAACAUCAACAUCGAGGAGUACUAGCAGGAAGAUCAAAGCCUUUUCAAUCUUACCUGCACAGCAUUUGGAGGCUAUUUUUCGGAUGUGCGGGGGCUCGAGCGACAGACGGGUCGCAAGUACAUUCAAGAAAAGCAGUACCCAGAGGGCGAAUGGAAACCGCUUGUGAAAUUAUGGUCCUCCUCAUUUCGUCAGACCAACCAUGUGCAGCUUUAAUUGCGUUGAAAAAGUACUAGUGGAGUAUCAAAUAUGUAAUCAGAUCAUAUUACUGCUCGGUAUCAUCAAUAAAAAUUAAUUGACCAAGAAAUCCAAUACCAUUGGGUUUUUCUUCUAAUCCUCAAAGUAGACGAGGUCUCCGGGUGGGAUCGUCCGGCGCGACCUGAAGGCACCAAGCGACCGCAAGUGAUGGAAAAUCAGCGACCAACGAUGCGUCGAGAAAAGCGGCACAUCAGGCAGGUUGAAAGUCAUCAAGAGUCGUACGACGUACCAGAGGGCAAGCAAAUCGUGCAACACAACUUCACUAGUGCGGACGGGAGUGAGCUGCAAAUGCGUCGGGCAGAUAAGAUCGCGGCAGAACAGACUCUGGAGCAAAUGAUGAGCAGGAAGCAAGGGAAGCCGAAGACGCUGUUGGAGCAGCGAAACGGAGUUGGCGUGGCCUCCUUGGGAGACAAAUACUACAAAUAUCCAGAAUACAGUGACCGGUUUUUUCGCGGUAUCGACUCGUGUGGCUACGCGAGAAUCGGUCGAACAGCAGAAUCUAUGACUUUCUUUUACUACAUUCAUUCAUCUUGUUCUCGACGAGAACCAUCUAUCUUAAGUAGAGGCAGAGCUCUGUUGCAGAUAAUGUAGUGGUCUUUCUCUUUACAACUCGUCAUUCGUCACUCUGCUUUUCAGCGACACUUUUUAGCACUUCUAGUCCGCUAAGGCAAAGCCAGUACUUCCCUCUCCAAGCUCAAAAAAUAACAUUAACAGCUAUUAACAGAUUCAAAUAAAACCAACUUUCAUUAUCCUGAUCCCUGGCAGCGGCUUUGUGCGUGGUAGCUACCAGAAAACGAUCCCACGAAUGACGACGAAUUGGCAGGCCUUCGCAGCCGAAUGUUAUCCUGACAGCUGUCGCCGGAAAACGUUCGCGCAACUCGAGGCUGAAGCAGCUCAGGCGGAAGCGGAGAACAGCGUGACCCAGCUAACGAAAACAUGGGAGAAAAAGGAGCUGAAAUUCGGAGACCCAAACUACGAAGAGCCAAGCGACUCCGAUGAUGAACAAGGAGGUGGGGAAUAGAAAGAAGUGGAGAGGGCAAUAGGGAUAGUGCCUAAGUAUAUCUUCAGGAAGGAAGAGAUGAAGAGCAAGAGCACGACCUACUUGGAUGUUUAAGUGAGGAUUCAUAAUAGCUAGGAGGAGAACUUCUAAAGCAAAAUGUUGACCAUGUUCUUGAACACCCUGAUUAUGUUAAGCAAACUUUCGUGCCUCCGCGCGAUUUCCAUUUCAUCCACUUACAACUUAUCUGGUGACCAUAAUUCGACAACUUGACCUUACUACCAGUAAUAUGAUGUCAAGAUGAGACUGAUUUUGACUACUUAUGCAACGUCGUCGGCACAAAUUUUGUGUGACAGUGAUUCAAUCGGCGGGAGACGACUCCCUCUCCCACACGUGGGAUAAUGAAAUAGGUCAAGAGCAUUGACCAAAUGAUGACUCACCCAAGAAUACCAAUAUGCAUGUCGUCGUGAGACGUGAGUCGUGUUUAUGCAUAGCUUCUGAUACUGACUUCUCACAAUUCGAG